AUAAUUUAUACUAGAUACAGAAUAAUGCUGAUAAUUUUGUCAAUAAAUUAUACCAGAUAUAGAAUAAUGCUGAUAAUGUUGUCAAUAAAUUAUACUAGAUAUAGAAUAAUGCUGAUAGUUUUGUCAAUAAAUUAUACUAGAUAUAGAAUAAUGCUGAUAGUUUUGACAAUAAAUUAUACCAGAUAUAGAAUAAUGCUGAUAGUUUUGUCAAUAAAUUAUACUAAAUAUAGAAUAAUGCUGAUAAUGUUGUCAAUAAAUUAUACCAGAUACAGAAUAAUGCUGAUAGUUUUGUCAAUAAAUUAUACUAGAUAUAUAAUAAUGCUGAUAGUUUUGACAAUAAAUUAUACUAGAAAUAGAAUAAUGCUGAUAGUUUUGUCAAUAAAUUAUACUAGAUACAGAAUAAUGCUGAUAGUUUUGACAAUAAAUUAUACUAGAUAUAGAAUAAUGCUGAUAGUUUUGUCAAUAAAUUAUACCAGAUAUAGAAUAAUGCUGAUAGUUUUGUCAAUAAAUUAUACCAGAUAUAGAAUAAUGCUGAUAGUUUUGUCAAUAAAUUAUACCAGAUAUAGAAUAAUGCUGAUAGUUUUGACAAUAAAUUAUACUAAAUAUAGAAUAAUGCUGAUAGUUUUGACAAUAAAUUAUACUAGAUAUAGAAUAAUUCUGAUAGUUUUGUCAAUAAAUUAUACCAGAUAUAGAAUAAUGCUGAUAGUUUUGUCAAUGAAUUAUACCAGAUAUAGAAUAAUGCUGAUAGUUUUGUCAAUAAAUUAUACCAGAUAUAGAAUAAUGCUGAUAGUUUUGACAAUAAAUGAUACUAGAUAUAAGUUAUAUUAUUUCAAAUAUUGA